AUGGAUUCCAAUCAUCAAAAGCUUCACAUAGCAAUGUUUCCAUGGCUAGCCUUUGGCCAUAUGAUCCCAUACCUAGAGCUCGCCAAGCUCAUUGCCCAAAAAGGCCACCAAAUCUCCUUCAUAUCCACUCCAAGAAACAUCAAACGUCUCCCACAGCUCCCUCCAAAUCUCUCAUCUCUAAUCACCUUCGUCAAGCUCCCGUUUCCUCGCGUAGAAGACGACCUCCCCGAAGCCGCGGAGGCCACCAUAGACAUACCACAAAACAAAGUCAUGAAGCUUAAGAAAGCCUACGAUGCUCUCCAGCAGCCCCUUACUCAUUUUCUACAAUCUUCCAACCCAGAUUGGUUACUCUUCGACUUUGUACCUUACUGGGCCCCAACUAUUGCCCAUAACCUUGGCAUACCAUGUGCCUUCUUUAGUAUAUUCAUCGGAGCAUGCUUAGCUUUUGCUGGACCCACUUCCCUAGAAAAAUAUCCGGAUGAUCGUAAAAAUCCCGAGGAUUACACGGUCUCGCCUAAGUGGAUCCCCUUCCCGUCCAACGUUGCGUUUCAUUUGUUCGAGGUUCGCCGCAUUUAUGACCAAAGCAUGGUUGGCGAUGAAACCAAUGUUUCAGAUGUUUAUCGGUUCAUGGAGGGGAUGAAGAGCUGUGAUGUAAUUGCAAUAAGAAGUUGCAUAGAGUUUGAACCUGAAUGGCUGUGUUUAUUACAAGAUAUCCAUCGGAAAACGGUUUUGCCAGUUGGUCAACUCCCAACUACGAAUAAUGACGAGAAUGAUCAAUGGGGGUCAAUAAGCAAGUGGUUGGACAUGCAACUGAAAGGUUCGGUCGUGUACGUGGCUUUUGGAAGCGAGGCCAUGCCGAGCCAAGAGGAAAUUACUACAAUAGCCUGGGGGUUAGAGCAGUCUGAGCUGCCAUUUAUUUGGGUGCUGAGAACUAAUCUAGUUAAGUUGCCCGAGGGUUUUGAAGAGAGAAUAGGAGGGCGGGGAGUGGUUUGCAGAAGUUGGGCUCCACAGUUGAAGAUUUUAGGUCAUGACUCGGUUGGGGUGUUUCUGAGUCACUCAGGCUGGAGCUCGGUGGUGGAGGCGUUGACUUUUGGGAGACCUCUUGUGUUGUUGACCAUGUCCAAUGACCAAGGGUUGAAUGCAAGGCUUUUGGAGGAGAGGAAGAUUGGGUAUUCGAUUCCGAGGGAUGAGAAAGAUGGGUCGUUUACCAGCGAUUGGGUGGCUGAGUCGCUAAAGCUGCUGGUGAUAGAGAUGGAUGAGGGGAAGAUUUAUAGAGACAAGGCUAAGGAGUUGAAGCCGUUGUUUGGAGAUAGAAAGAAGCAAGACACGUACGUGCAUAAUUUUUUGGAGUAUCUUAAAGCUCAUGGACGAAGUGCUUCCAAGAAGGUCUAG